GGGGUAUAUAUAUCAUUUCGAAAACCUUUCCAUUUCCCCAACAUUCCAUUCAGUACAAGAUACCGGCUUCUACACUUUCAACCAUGUCUGAACAAGGGAACUUCUGUGCCAAUAUAGGUACUGAAGGGGCGCAAGCAUGUACGAAUCCAGGAGACAAACCAUGUCCACGAUGCUACUUGGUUGGAUAUUGCAGUAGGCAGUGCCAGAAGACCCACUGGGAGCAACACAAACCCGACUGUAUUUGCAAGCUGGGAAAGAAAACAUGGCGACCAUCCUGGGACGUUGAGGGUAGGACACCAACAUUUAUCACGCCUGAAGAUAACCACGGCCCCGAAUUAGACCUCUCCGCUCUUGCAGCUACAAUGACUACCCAUGGUACAAAAAAGUUCUUGUGGGGAAACGUACCCGCUUUCGACUUGCUGAACCUCAUGCAUAAUGAAGGGAUAGCAUACAAUCAACAUAUUCGACUUCUCUUCGCAGCUUCUGGAGAUUUGAGGAACGUAGUCAAAACAAUCACAGGGAUACCCAAAGGUUCAACGCAAAACAUCGACGUCGUAAUCAAUGAUCGAGAAAUCGAUAUUGUAGCGCGAAACGCUAUCAUCAUCCUCAUUGCUAUGCAUGUGGACCCGGAGACCGCAGCAGAUGCUAUGAUACAUACAUGGUACUCUGCCUUUCUGCCAGCGGAUUCAGCCAGGUGUCUAAAGGAUACAGUCCUUCCACUUAUUCGCUCUGUCUGCGAAAAGAUCCAGGCCAAGCCCGAUAACAAGUUGCUUUCCAAAAAGUGGACGGUUGGAUCUUGUUCUUUCCGCCUUGUACUUGAAAAAGCAUGCUGGGACUAUUUGCUGCGAGUUUUUGAAACUCCUGCAUCUGUCACUACUGCAGCUGCAGAGAAGAUACGCCAAUCGACAGUAUUAGCACCGUCGAGAAAAGACUACCUCGAGAGAGCUCUAUAUUUUCAGCCUGAAGGUUGGCGUAGGGCUACCAUGAAAUUUCGAGAGGACGGCAUCCUACUGCCAUUUGGAGCACCGAGGCACGGGUAUGAUACACCUAAUCCAACAUUCUUUUAUAACAAUCAGUGGCCAAUGAUGGAUUCGGCGGACCCAAUUGCCGGUUGGGCCAUUGCAGAAGUAAUCCAAGCAGCUCAUCCGGCUAAGCAUGAUCUCUACGGAGGAUUGUUUCUUUACCUACGGCUACUAUUAUCCAAAUUUUGCAAAAAAAUUCGGAAUCACGCGAUCAACUUCGAUUUACGUCACAUUGAUGCUAAAAUCUUUCCUGGCCAUUGGGCAGAAACCCAGGACGAUAUCCAGCUGUUUGACAGGAUCGAAGUUUCAAACAUCGCCGAUAAAUGCUAUUUGGGAAUACGGAAGUGUUUGAACACAUUUGCUCCUCUACUGAAGCCAAUCACCGAAAACCCGCAUGCGACGCUGGUGACGCUCUUCCUCAACGCCGUCAACGAGAUGGAAUCGCGACCAGACACGACCCAGACAUUAUGGCGGGAAAUGGGCCGUCUGAUGGCAUACUUCCCAGAAAAUCGGCUCGCCAAAAAUAAGCGCGGUGCAGAAACCAUAAAGCUCACUGCAGCCCUAGACCUAUUGCGCGAUUUCGACGGCCUCUUCACACGGUAUACUCAGCGGUACGACUUCGCUUCUGCAAGUAAAGAUGCUGGGGUGCAAUGCAAGACUAAGCAUACACUUGUCGAGCCGUGGCCGAUGCGUCUCAAGGACAACGCUACAAAGGAAAAUUUUGAGGCGCUGUUCGGGUCACACCACUGUGGGUCUGAGCACUACCUUGAGUGGCAGAGAGUAAGUAAGUAGGAACGGUGUUGAAGGGUAGUUGGAUAGGCAAGAGAUUGAGAGUACAGGUGCAAAUUGAAUAGCCGAGCGCCAUAAAUCCGCAACAAACCAUGGUUACUUGAAACUGGGCAUUUUCUUUUAUCACCCUGUCCAAAAGCAUGCUAUAGCUAUUCUCUGGAAUGAAGUGCACUAUUGUUUGCAAAGGUGAAAGGCCUUAGACGAGUAACAACCAGAUAGAGUAUUAGAGUUCCAG